AUGCCACUCAAACGCGCACGUGACUUGGGUCCGCAAUUUUCCCUCUCCGACACGACAAUAAUCAACAAUUCCGCAGUCCGCACCACACGCUCGACAUUGCCAGGCCCGGCUCUCCGCAAAAUGCAGAAGAUCGUCCGCCGGACAGCUCUGGCGCGGAACCAGGCUCAGCGCAAAGCUAUCCUAGCGAACAAAGAAGCCAAACAUGAGGAAAUGAACGACACCCUGCGACAGCGCUUCCAGUACAACCGAUCUCAACUAGACCACAUUCGCGCCGAGAGGCUACGACGUCGUGAGGACUGGAUGAAAGGGCCGCUUGCUCCCCAGCGAGAUGCGGGUCUGGACGGGAAACAGUUUGCUGCUCUGAGUCCGCAAUCAAUGAACCCGCCGGCUAUCCCGAAGCAUUUGCGGAGAAAGUAUAUCAACUUUGCACCCGGAGACCGGGUGUGUAUUAUGAGGGGAAGAGAUAAGGGAAAGAUCAACAUGGUGACUCGCGUGGAUGAGUCUAACGAGACCGUUAUUGUGAAGGAUUGCAACGUUGCCGAAGUCUACUUCCCUGAAUGGCUCAGCGAGCAAUUCGGCAACACGAACCCUUUCCAAACUGUCCCUAUCCCCAUCUCCAUCGAUGAUGUCCGCCUUGUCGCCGCCCUCGACGACCCAGCCACAGGCAUCACUCGCGACGUCCUAGUCGAACACGUGUAUGGCGGCGGACCCAUCCUCGAGCGUGAGCACGGUAUUGACACACCCCGCCACACCCGCUACAUUGCCGGCGAGGACAUCGAGAUCCCCUGGCCGCGUCCCGAGAAAGCCAACUUCAAAGACGAAGAAUGGGACACGCUCCGCAUGGAGGUCGAAACGCCUACCUGGGUGCCGUCGCUUCAUUUUGCGCCCUUUCCGCCGAGUGUGCUCGACGAGCUGCGGAAUAAGUUCUCCAAGUACCGGACGCGUCAUGACCCAGAGUUUGUGGAGCAGAAGAGGAUGGAGGAUCUUAAGAAGGAGUAUCUUCAGAGCAGGUCUUUGAUGACGCCAAAGGGUGAGCUUAUAGCUAUGAUUCAGAAGAAGAAGAAGGAAGCGUUGGAGAGCAGGCGGGACGAGGAAGGUAAUUUGAUGAUGGAUAAGACGACGCUGGCGUUCAUUGAGGGGUUCAUGAAGGAGAAUACACCGAAGAAGGCUAAGAAGUCAAAGAAGGCUAAAAUGGUUCAGGUUGCUUGA